UUUUUUUUUUUUCAACAACAACAACAACAACAACGAUGACUACUUCUUCCACUACCUCGGUAGCUUGCUAGCAAACGUUAAACCGAAACGUUGAAGCUCUUUACACCAACGUUGUGCUUAUUAAGUGUUUUCAACACACUGUCGUCAUAGGUACUAAUUACUCCAUUUACGUUGUCUGCUACCUGGCUUGUUAUGUUAGUUUAAUUAUAGGCUAAUCGCUAAUGCUAACUAGCAUCCCCAACCAUGAGCUCACUAAGCUACUCCCCCCCUGCUAAAGAAGAGGAGGUCUACUGGACGGAGAAAGAAGCUCUGGGGCUGAACGUUGUUGUGAAAGAGGAAGAAGAGGAGGAUGAUGAAGAGGUUUCAGUUUUUGGAGAGGAAGAAGCUUUCAGAAUAAUAAAGGAGGAAGAGGAGGCUAUCACAUUGAAAGAAGAAGAGAAGGAUGUCAUGGCGAAAGGAGAGGAGGCCAUCUCAAUUAAAGAGAAGGAAGACGUUUUGGGAGUGAAAGGCGAGGAGGAGGGAGAGGAGCAGGAGACUGACGAUCUGAUUCACACCAUGAAGAAGACGUGGAUGUCUCAUGGCAGGGAUGAGUAUGCAAAAUGGGAGAGAGACCAGAUUCUAACACUGACAGCAGGAAGAGUCCCUCAGUGGAACCAGACCCAGAGACGCCCAAACCAGCAAGACGACACCCCUGCUCCCACUGUGGAAAGAGGUUUACUACAUUAGAACACCUGAAAGUACAUAAAAGAAUAAUACACUUGGGAGAAAAGCCAUACCACUGUUCAGACUGUGGUAAGGAAUUUAGCCGGCUAGAUGGCCUGAAACAACAUGAGAGAAUACACUCUGGAGAGAGGCCUCACCACUGCUCUCAGUGUGGAAAGAGUUUUAGCUGGUUAGGGAGCCUGAAAAUACAUGAGAAAACACAUACAGGGGAGAAGCCUUACCACUGCUCUCAGUGUGGAAAGAGAUUUUCCCAGUUAGGGCAUCUAAAAGGGCAUAAGAGAACGCACACCGGAGAGAAGCCUUACCACUGCUCCCAGUGUGGGAAGAGAUUUACCCAGUUAGGCAACCUAAAAAAUCAUGAGCUAAUACACUCUGUAUAUAAGCCUUACCACUGCUCUCAGUGUGAACAUACAUUUUUCUCAUUAGAUUCUCUGAGAAAACAUGAGAUAACACACUCUGAUGAGAAACCUUUCCAUUGUUCCCAGUGUGGCAAGAAUUUUUUUACAUUAGGGUCCCUGAAGGAACAUGAGCGAACACACACAGCAGAGAAACCUUACCAUUGUUCUAAGUGUGUAAAGACUUUUUCCUCAUCAAAAUACCUUAAAGAACAUAAAAGAAUACACUCUGGAGUGAAACCUUACCACUGCCCCCAGUGUGAAAAAAGUUUUGCCCGACCGAGGGACCUGAAAUAUCACGAGAGGACACACACAGGAGAGAAACCUUACCGCUGCUCUCAGUGUGGAAAGACAUUUUUUUUAUCAGGACACCUGAAAAGACAUGAGCUAACACACUCUGUUGAGAAGCCUUUCCACUGCUUCCAGUGUGGGAAGGAUUUCACCCAGUCAAGAUACCUGAAAAAACAUGAGCUAACACACUCUGUAGAGAAGCCUUUCCACUGUUCUCGAUGUGAAAAGAGUUUUAAGAAUUUAUGGAACAUGAAAGUGCACGAGCAAAGACACACAGAGGAGAAGCCUUCCACUGCUCCCACUGUGGGAUGAAAUGUACAUGGUUUCAUCAACCGAAAGAGCAUGAAUGAAUCUCUCACUCUGGAGAGAGAUGUCCGAAGCCAUUAUUUAUACUGUGUAAUUUAAUCCUUUUUUUUACAUUUGUGUACCUUUCACCAUCCAUAUGAAUACAGGAAAACAAUUAUUUCCUUCACCACUCAUCAAAACGGAACUGUGUGGACAAACCUGGACGUUCUUUAAAAGAACGUUGGUAAUUUUUAGAAUGUUGGGACAUUGUUUGAAUGUUUAUCAGGAAACACACAAAAGUGCUCCCUGUUGGCUGAUAUCUUUGACUGAGAACUGGGUUUGUCAUUAUGCCACAUUAAUUAAAUAAAGAUGGCUCUUCUAAAAGCUUCACACCAUAAACUGCUGAAUUUGUAAGAACUUUUCUUUCAUUUAGAUUUCUGCACAAAUUAAAAACGUGUCACUGACUCCCCCUAUGGAUUGAUGUUUCAGCAUUGUCUCUCUCCGUGAAAAGUUCUGUGUUCACCUGCCACGUGCGACAUAAACACACAGUAUGCUUGAGUAAGAUCAAUAUCCAUCUUCAUAAUACAGAUAGCAUGUAGCCUGAGCUAGAAUGUGAAGCUAACUAGUUGGCUAGCUUUAUACAGUUUAAGAGAGUAGAUCUAGCUAGCUUUAUACAGUAUAAGGCUGAAGGGCCUCUCCUAGGUUUGAGUAUGUCUAGAUAAAUCUAGCGCUCUCUCCAGACAUACUCAAACCUAGGAGAGGCCCUCAUAUAUAGAACACAACCCCUCUGAUGGUUCUGGUCAUGGUUGGGGUCAAACAAGGUUCAAACCGACCUUCAGACCCUCAAAAGCAACCCCUAGAAUAUUGCUGUGAUGUUUAAACUUUAUUUGUUGAUGUAGAACUUGAAAUAGAAUUGACUUUAGAUUUUUUUAAAGAUUGAUCUUAGACUAAAAUGUAGUUUAAAAACAAAGCCUUUUAUGAUUCAGGACUCUUGGUCUGUAACCCCUCCCUCACCUGCUGCUUUUAGUUGCUCCUCCCCAAGUCUUUGUCUUUAUUUGUAGAUAUUGAAUAAAGUUACACUCAGAGUGCAACCUUGUCUCGCUCCCCAAUUCAUUUGUAAACUUUGAAUAAAGUUGUACAAAGACUGAAACCUUGUCUCGCUUCCAAAUUAAUUUGAAAAUGUUGAUUAAAGUUGGCCUCAGACUGCAGCCUUGUCUCGCUCCCCAAUUAAUUGGUAUAUAUUGAAUAAAGUUGGCCUCAGACUGCAGCCUUGUCUCGCUCCCCAAUUAAUUUCAAAAUGUGGAAUAAAGUUGGCCUCAGACAACCUUGUCUCUUGUCUUGAGAAGCUAUACCACUGCUCUCGUUGUGGAAAGACAUGGACCUGAAAUCACAUGAGAGAGAAGAGAGGCUGUGUUCUGACUUUUGUUUUUGACUGAGAAUUUGUGUUUUUGUCAUGAAAUAUAAAUGUAUAUA